AAAAUUCACUAAAAAUGUAAUUACACCCCUUAUACAUUUUUACCGUCAAUAUUAUGACAGUUUUGUUUGACAUAAACUCAAAGUUUGCCCGCUAUUCAGUUUACCGCUCAAAAAGUUUAAAAAUAAAUUGUGUUCUACGAGAAUGCCUGUUAAGCCGGCUAAGCAGGAUUGCCAUGAAUGUUUGGAUCCCAUAGCCUGGCUGCUCGGCCGGUGGGUCACCGAAGACGGUCAUGGAUCGUACCCUUACACGCCAAGCUUUUAUUUCCAUGAAGAAUUAGAAUUUAUUUAUAGUGAAGAUGAACCGUUACUUGACUUUAUGGCAACAGCGAAGCAUUCUAAUAGAUCACUCUCGCUCUACGAGAGAGGCUAUUUCCACAUGCCCAACCCAAGAAGAGUGCAACUAAUAGGCACCCAUAACAACGGCUACACAGCCUCCGAAGCUGGCAGGUACAGAGCAAGCAUAAAACAAAUAAAAUUGAAAUCUGUUACAAUAACAGCAAAGCCCGAUGUCCUUCGACCAUACGUGUUAAAGACUAGAAGAAUUUUCAAACUAUUAUCACCAAAUACUUUAGAAUAUAAGCGUUAUGUACAGACAGAAAUAACUCCUAUGACGCUAUAUGUAAGAGGGAUUUAUAAAAAAGUUGAAUAACUUUCAUAGGUUUUGUAAGAUGCGUUCGAAACUAUCUUAUAUUUCAAGACUGUUAAAGUCUAAUUUUGAUUGUUUUAUAUUUUUAUAAACUGUGAUAUUUAGGGUUUUAUGUAUUGAGUAUACAUAUAUGUACAAAUAUAGAUUGCUCAAAUAAGUAUAGGCACAUUGUAUUAAGUUGACUCAGCGGGAUUCUGUGGAGCGGGUAAAAACUGAAAGACUGAUAGAAAAUAAUAUAAUUACCAAAUAUCUCUGUGUUAAUAGAAAUAGUACUUUAUAAGGUAAAUAAGAAAGCUGUUUAUUUAAUCUAUUAGUUAUAAUAAUAAUAAUAAUGUAUUAAUUUACAAGACUGACUUGACCAUAUAUUUUAAUUAAUUACAUAUCUUAAGUUUAACAAUGUAGUCAAAAUAAAAAUGUAAGCAAGAUCAUGAUCGCAGUGGCUGGGCAACCGGCUGCCGCGCAACGCGUAGCAACUCUUUGUGUGAUCCACAAAUUGUUGUUUCGGGUCUGGGUGUCAUGCGUAUGUGAACUUGUAUGUUUGUAAACGCACCCCCGACACAGGAGACAAUCCUAGUGUAGGGCGUUUUUUUUUAAAGAAAGAAAAAAUCAACCUGCUUUAAUUUCUCAUUUCCUUCAUUGAUUAUCGACCUUGUUACGACAGUAAAAUAAAGUCUAAAUUUCAAUGAAGAGAUUUGACAGAAAAGAUCAGGUUGAUCUAACGUACUUUAGUUCCCGCCCAAGAUUUAAAAAAAACAUCUUCCCGCCAUUUUCCCAAGUUUCAUGUCUUUCAUUCUUCUUUAUCAGACGUCAUUCUAUAACGCACUCUUUUCUCACACAUUCCAUCCAAUUUUUUCUUUGGUCAUUCUCUUUCCAUACGAAAAUAUCCAUAUAAAAAUUAAUUUUAAAUAUUUAUACAUAUUUUAAACUGUACAUAUUUGAAAUUAUUUUUUAACACAAUGUUCAUCCGUAUCCAAGAGAGACUAAUUUAUUUUGAAAACUGUUU